CUCGCCCCUUCCCGCCCUGAGGGUUGGCUGAUGCAACGUGGCCACGCUUGCAAAUAGCCCGAGAGCCUGGAUUUGGGAUCCUCGUGCCACGGUGAAGCCGAUACCUCGGGAUUCACAGAACGGAGACCGCUGCACCACAGAGGUUUAGUUUGUAAACUAAAAAAAUCCAGAAGCUGCAGAAACGGAGGAAGGUGGGCACAUUGCCCUGAAACACAUUUGGCCACUGCAUUCUUGUGUGAUCACACGAAAAGCCUACUUCAUAGAUUUGCUUCUUGAAGAACAUCCUCCAGCAUGUGUAUAUAAAUAAAUCAUAUUACACGCGCAUUUCAUUAAGCCAAAUUUUUCUCAUUUAAAAUUCUGCUAUUCAUGCACACAGUGACCCAAAACAAAUUUGAUAGGUUAUGACUGAAGACAGAUAAGUUCAUUGAAAUACAUGCUAAACAUAUAAUCAAAAACUUCUUGUAUUGUGCUAAUACUAUACAAGCACACAUAACACAUAUACACAUUUUAUCUUUUUAGAUAUACUUAGGACAUGCUAGUGCCUCUGUAGUUGCAUGACAGUGGGAGGGCAAAAAGCUGCUUUCGGGUACUAAAUACCUGAUGUAUGAGCAUAUAUUUCCUAGCAAAUAAGGGAUCUAUUGUCAAUGUGCAAAGAUUCCAUACACUUAGAAGAGUGUAGUUAAGCUUUUUUUAGUGCUACACUUGAAGAAGAAGACCAGAGAAGAGGGAAAUCUGUGUACACUUCUAAUCAAGCAGAGACUAGUAUUUAGGUGUGUCAAAGGAACAUAAGUUCUGCAUCACAGUGUGUAUCCACAUAUACAUUGGUGUGUUUGGAUUGCAUACUCUCUCCCUUGAUGGAGAAAUCUAAAGCAGACCUAGAAGUAGCUGGAGAUCUUGAAGGUGAAUCCCAUCAAGAUCUUUUGUCUGAGGAACCAGAUGCCCGCCCUAUCUGGGGAUCAAAAGCUCAGUAUAUCCUCGCCCAGGUUGGCUUUUCUGUUGGACUUGGCAACGUCUGGCGUUUCCCCUACCUAUGUCAUCAAAAUGGUGGAGGUUCCUUUCUGCUUUUAUACCUGCUGCUUCUCUUCAUCAUUGGAAUCCCUCUCUUCUUCCUGGAGUUGGCCGCUGGGCAGAUUAUCCGACAGGGCAGCAUUGGUGUCUGGAAGCACAUCAGCCCUCGCCUAGUAGGCAUCGGCUUUGCAAGCUGUGUGGUGUGUUUUUUUGUUGCCCUAUAUUAUAAUGUCAUCAUGGCAUGGAGUCUUUUCUACUUGGGUAAUUCUUUCCAGUUUCCCCUUCCAUGGAGUGAUUGCCCAGGAGCAGAGAAUGAAACAGUUGCAGUCACAGACUCUGAAUGCACGGACAGUUCUCCCAGUAUCUAUUUCUGGAACCGAAAGGCCUUGCACAUUACCAACUCCAUAGAGGAGAGUGGGGGUCUUGACCCAGCCCUUACUGGCUGCCUCUUUGCUGCUUGGUUGCUGGUUUGUCUCGCCAUGAUCAAAGGCAUUAAAUCAUCAGGCAAGGUUCUAUAUUUCAGCUCUCUGUUCCCUUACUUGGUUCUCUUCUGCUUUCUUGUGCGUGCUUUGCUGUUAGAAGGAGCAGUUGACGGAAUCAAAAUCAUGUUCACCCCUAAGCUGUCCAUUUGGGGAGAUAUGCAGGUCUGGCGUCAGGCAGCCACCCAGGUGUUCUUUGCUCUGGGCCUGGGCUUCGGCACCAUCAUUGCUUACUCCAGCUAUAAUCCUCAGCAUAACAAUUGCCACAUCGAUGGGUUGCUUGUGUCCGCCAUCAAUUUCCUUACCUCGGUGUUGGCCACACUGGUGGUCUUUGCCGUGCUGGGUUUCCGAGCCAAUGUGUUGGCCCACAAGUGUGUUGUAAGAAAUGCAGAUCUUUUGACAGAGCUGGUAAAUAAUGGCUCCCUCUCAGCUGUGCUUCCUGCAAACUUCUCUGAAUUUUCACCUGCUCAAUACAGCAGUUGGUAUCAGGAUCAAUGGAAUGAUACAAACAAGCAAUUGCAGGAGUGGAAACUUGGUGACUGUCGUGUAGAAGAUGAAAUGAAUAAGGGUGUGGAAGGGACAGGCCUGGCCUUCAUCACCUUCACAGAAGCUAUGACCCUGUUUCCAACAGCUCCCUUCUGGUCUAUGCUUUUCUUCUUUAUGUUGCUCAAUUUAGGGCUGAGCACCAUGUUAGGGAACAUGCAAGGAAUCAUCACUCCUUUAUUGGACAACUUCCAAAGCCUCCAGCGUCGACGGACACUCUUCACAGUCCUGUGCUGUAUUAUUGGAUUCUUGCUGGGCUUGAUUUUUGUUCAGGGCUCAGGCAACUAUUUUGUGACUAUGUUUGAUGAUUAUUCAGCCACGCUGCCCCUCCUUAUUGUUGUAGCUGGCGAAGCUUUUGCCAUAGCCUGGGUCUAUGGAGCUGACAGGUUCUUAGAUGACAUAGAAAACAUGCUGGGCUGGCGGCCGUGGAAAAUCUACAGCUACAUGUGGCGCUUUGUGAGUCUGGCAGCAAUGUUGUGCCUGUUGCUAGCGAGUUUGGUAUACCUGGUCAUGAAGCGCCCCACCUACACCGCCUGGAACAGAGAAACGGCAGAGGAGGAGCAGCUGGAAUACCCACCGUGGGCUUUGGGCCUUCUCAUUAGCCUGAUUGUUGUGGCUGCUCUGCCCAUUCCAGUCAUGUUUCUUAGGCAGCUCUUGCUGGAACGGUUUUCCCAACAGAGCCACAACUCUGGCCAGGUACGUGUACCCACCGAAGAAGAAGAAGAAGAUGGAGUGCAAGAAAAAGAAAGCCCGGCUGAUCUUGAGCUCGAUUACCCAGGCAAGGGUUACUUGCUUGUGCCCGCAGAAGAGGGGCAGGAAUAGAAUGGGUGAUGUACAGGUAGUCCUCGACUUACAACCACAGUGGAGCCCAGAAUUUUGGUCAUAAGUCAUUGUGGUCAUAAAAUGAGGCAUCACAUGACCGAACUUGACUUUAUGACCAUUUCACAAUGGUCAUAAAGUGAAUCACAGUUAUUAAGUGAAUCAGGGUCAUAAAGAAAAUCCAGCAUAUAUCCAAUGGGCGUUUUUUGCCAUUUUUUGCUAGAAAGUGGCAAAAAAUGUGGCAGAUUGUGGUCACAUGACCAAAACCCGCUGCAACCGGUUAUACAAGUGUGUCAGUUCGCCAGGCACCCAAAAUGCAAUCACAUGACUCUAGCAGAGUGCAGCAGUCAUAACUUGGAGUACGGAUCACAAAUAGGUUUUCUGAAGUCUUAUAACUUUGAGCAGUCGUUAAGCAGCUAUUUUGAAGUGCAUUGUAACUUUGAAUGGUUAUUAAGGGACAGUUGUUAAGUGAGAACUACCUGUAUAGAAUUGCAAUUCUCCACCUGUUGCAUUUCCAGCCUUUGACAGCCUUAAUAAGAAAGAAUAUUUCUUUUGGUCUCACAGUCCCUGUCUGUAGAACAAGAGAAAAGUUACUUGGAUCUAAAAGGAGAGACUCAUUAUAGUGACUUCAGAGUCUGACGCCAAAUCCAUCAUAGCUCUUCCACUGGAAGCUAUAAGCUUCUUAAUUUUCAGCACUCUCAGAGUCAUACUUGUCUAUACCUAUUCCACUCAUAAUGGUGGAAUGGAACCUGAGUGGCUAUUGGUAGGGAGGGAAUUCCAAGCAAAGCAUUUAAAAACAAAAUCAAAUAUUUAAUGCUAAGCGCUUAUUCGUUAAAGCCUGAUUACCCAUUCCUAAAAGUUGAAUGUAUAUAAUCUAUAUGAUCACAGUGUACAGUAUAUUUUUUAAGGUUAAGAUGGAAGUGAAAGGGGGAAAAUAAUUUGAAAUGGAUUAGACUGCUUUAUUGUUCUCAUUUAAGCAGCAUAUUUCACUAAUGCUUCUUUUUAAACUAAGUAGCAAAGCGUGAGGAAGGGGUUUCCAGAAUUCUUUUUUUAGCCCUUAAUUAUAGUCCUACUGUGGGUCAUGUGACUAAGAGGAAACAGGGCUUAGAUCAGUGGGCAACAUUCCAAGGUUCUGUCCAACUAUAUCUCCCAAAGAGAUACACACAGGGGAUUUUUCUGACAGUUUUUUUGUUUUAAUCCUGGCGUGAUCUGGAUGACUUUAAAUUUGAUUUUUGUUUUAUGGGCGACUUCUCCCACACCAAAUUUAGUCCUAUUCUGAUGAACAGGCAGAUAAAGUCAUGAGUCCCUUUACAUAAUUUCUUUGCAGCAUUCCAUUGGGUUGGAAAGAAUCAAAAAGUCAACGGUAACACAAUUGGUGUGUUUAAAAAAUUAAUAGGGCACUAAACAGUUGUAACUUUAAACAUUUUUUUAAAAAUACAAAAGAAGACAAUUGUUAAGGGUAUCUAUAGAAGCGAAGACUGCACUAUUAUUCCAUUCUUUUAAAAAAAGCUGGCCUUUGUAUGAACAGAGAAAGGACAGAAAAAACAUUUGGAAAACAUAAACCAGCUUCCAGAUGGAUAGUUUGUCAUAUGAGCCCCCUUUUGUGAAUGAACAACACACAACAAUUCCAUAUCAUCUUGGAAAACACAUGACUUGUGCUGGAGGACAGUAAAAAUGAAAAUGGAACAAUAAAGGGCCUGUGAAUAAAAUAUAUUUAAGUAGACUCUCUUCACUUCGUUGAACCACCUUACAGUUUGAACAACUGUCAAAGAGUUUUCCGUUCCCCAUGAAGGCAUCUUUAAAAAUUAUUGGUUGGACAAAUUCUGACUGGAGAAUUACAGUUACUGGAUUUCAAGGCACUUUAUGCUCUCCAGUGAUCAGUGGUAAAAGGAAAUGAGGCCAUCAAAAGAUAUGACGACUAGACACCAUUGAAGUUCACACCAGCAAUAGCAUAGAACAACUGAAAAAAACCAUGCAAGACAGGAAAAGGCGGAGACAGCUUGGAAUUCCUGAGAAUUGGAGAUGAUUGAACAGAUAGCAGUGUCGUUCUGCAAAGAGAAUGAAUGAGAUCCAGGAAGAAAAGGCCUGAUGUCCAGGUGCAUUUGAUGCUAAAGCAUCUUAUGUCUCACACACUCCUCCCUAUUCCCCAAAAUUCAUUUUAGAUUGUAAGCUCCCCAAGAGCAAGGUCCCACCUGAUAUCUGAUGACACUUGUCAUGUUCUAAAGCAGUGUUCUCAACCUUGGUAUAUGUGGACUUCAACUCCCAGAAUUCUCCACUCAGCCAUGCUGAUUGGGGACUUCUGGGGCUAAAAGUCCACACCUCUUAAAGUUGCUGAGGUUGAGAAACGCUGUUUUAAACUAAUUUAGACUAAUUGUUAUUCUGGUGACUUGGAACAAGCUCUGGAUUGGGACCUCUUAGGAGGGUUGUCACAAAUAUUUUUUUAAAAAUUGAAAGAGCAAAGUUGUCAAAACACAUUGCCAGUUAUGCUCCUUGUUUAACCUGCACAAGGCUGCUGUAAGCAGUUAUGGUGGUGCAAUUUGAGAACUCUCAGUUAUUACUAGUGGUAUAUAUAUUCCUUGCAUAACCAAAUCAUAGCCUUACUUCUAUAUGAUUCUACUUCAGUGGGAAAUAAAGGGGAGGAUGGACUUUUCCAGUAGUCUGUCAGAGAUUAUAGCUCAAAGAGCUUAAAGCUUUGGAAAAGUAGUCAAUAAAUAGACUGCUUGUUUUAUAAUAUUCUCUAUGGGGAAUUACUGGACUUUUCAAUAGUUCAAUAAAUGAACUGUAUGUUGGGGUUUAAAUUUUGUUUUGAGGACUUCCCUAAUGCAGGGAAGAACAAAGCAAGUAAUUAAAACACCACUGUUCUGAUGACAGGUGUCAAUUUAUUAUGAGGGAACAGAACCUGACUUCAACGAAUGAGCCUUAAAGAAGAAAACAUAUUUAACUGUUUCCCCCUUUUUCUCCAAUAAAAGCUGUUUAGCACAAACAA